CCCGUUAGUAGGGGAGCCGCGGUUGAAAGGUUGACGACUUUAUGUAUCCUUCCUUAGUAAUUUAAGCUUCAUUUCCUUCUUUGAUGGAGAGAGGAUCUUAUAGGAAUUGAUAUUUUCCUUAGAUGGACGUCCUUCGACCCCCAGUCGUUUGGAUUAAGGGACGUUGCUACAGAAAGCUUCCCUUUGAACAAAACAGCAGUGAAACCAAUGAAAAUUCGACGCCUUACUACGAACAAGACGAAAUGAAUUAUGAAGAUGAGACAUGUGAUGCUAGUGAUGUGGUUGAAGAGACCAAGAGUGGUUUUAGGACAGUGAUGGACACACCAAGUGCUUUGUUUAAGUUUGUUAUUGGUAGAAAAGCAGAAACUAAGAAGAAAAUUGAAAUGGAAACUGAUACUAGGUUAUUUAUUCCUAGCCAGGGACAAGCUGGAGACAUAGUCAUUACUGGACCCAGCAGAUCUGGAGUCUUGUCAGCAAGAAGACAAGUGGAAGUGAUAGCAGAGUCUUCUAGACAGAAGUGUUCAUUUACUCAUUUCUUGUCAUUUCCUCUUUACUUUGAUGAGCUUGCUACAAAAGCUGAAGAGUUUAAGGAGAGUGUCCUACAGAAGUUUUCUCAGACUCAAGGUAUCCAUCCAAGCAUUUUUCAGAAGCCAUGCAAGUUACACCUGACAAUUGGCAUGUUGGUGUUACUGAAUCAAGAAGAAGUGGAUAAUGCAGCACAGUUUUUGUCCAGUUGUUAUAAAGACCUCAUAAGAGAAUGCCUGCAUGACAAACCUAUAUCCAUAAAGCUUGAAGGCCUUGAGAUAAUGAAUGAUGACCCAUCAUCAGUCUCCGUCCUUUAUGCUAGAGUGAAUGAAUUGGAUGGUAAACAAAGACUUCAGCACCUUGCAGAUUCUAUAGUCCAAAGGUUUGUUGAUCAUGGCAUCAUGCAGCAUGAAUAUGACAAAGUAAAACUACAUGCAACAGUAAUGAACAGUUCAAUGCACUCAGACUUGGAAGAGAUUGCUAGGCGGAAUAAUGGACGUAAGAAUUAUGAGUUUAACAAAAUGCGAAGGAAGUAUGCAUUUGACGCAAGGGAAAUCCUACAGGUUUUUGAAGACAUCAAUUUUGGACAAUAUCACUUGAAAGAAAUCCAUAUCUCUGAGAGGGGGAAAUAUGACGAACAUGGACGUUACUACUGUGCUGCAUCAGUGUCUCUGCCAUAGUUACAUAAUUCUUGUACAAGCUGUAGGAAGGGCUUCCAGGGGUCUUCAAACUCCACCUUCAUAAAUGUAAAUUUAGUACAUUUGUUUUUUAAUCCCCACCCCAGCCCUUAUCCCGACCUCAUAAAAUAACUGGGAUGCUUAUGUCGUUGGAGUUAGGCAAUUAUGUUUGAUUAUGCACUUCUGAGCACAAGUUUAGUAUUAGCAAAGACUUUAAAUUUUUUUACAAACAACAAGCCUGUAUAAAACUAGAUAACAUUAUAGAAAAUUAUAUAAUAAUAUAAAAAUGUAGUACAAACAGUUAAAAUUUUGAGGGCUAACUUUGUCAAUAAAAAAAGGUUUAACCAGA